UACUUACAGUAAGAGAUGUUGAUGUUGUGGACUGGAGCUUUGGUUCUCAUUAUAUGCAUUGCACAUUGGGUUUACUACUGGAGAAAUCCUAGAUGUAAUGGUAAAGUUCCCCCUGGUUCUAUGGGUUUCCCACUUCUUGGGGAGACCCUUCAGUUCUUCACCCCCAACACUACUUCCGAUAUCCCUCCCUUUGUCAAAGAGAGGAUGAAAAGUAUUCUUCUUGUUCUUCGAUUUUUCUUAACAUGUUCAUUGCUGCUUGAUUGCAGGUAUGGGCCGAUAUUCAAGACCAGUUUAGUGGCGCUUCCGGUAAUCGUAUCAGCCGACCCGAAUCUCAAUCACUUUGUGUUUCUUCAAGAAGGGCUGCUGUUUCAGAGCUGGUAUCCGGAUAUGUUCACGGAGAUCUUCGGACGACAAAAUGUGGGCUGGUUACAUGGGUUUAUGUACAAGUACCUCAAGAACAUGGUGCUUCAUCUCUUUGGUCCUGAAAACCUCAAAAAGAUGCUCCCUGCAGUUGAAGAAACGGCUUGUCGAAGGUUACAACGCUGGUCAAACCAGGAAACUGUUGAAUUAAAAGAAGCAACUGCUGGUAUGAUAUUUGAUCUCACAGCAAAAAAGCUUAUAAGUUAUGACCAAGACAAUGCCUCCCAGAAUCUGAGGGAAAACUUUGUUGCCUUCAUACAAGGAUUAAUCUCCUUUCCCUUGGAUAUUCCUGGAACAGCCUAUCACAAAUGUUUAGAGGGAAGGAAAAAUGCAAUGAAGAUGUUAAAGAACCUGCUAAACCAAAGGCGGGCAAUGCCGGGGAAGAGCCGAAGCGACUUCUUUGAUUAUGUCCUUGAAGAACUUGGUAAAGAGGGAACAAUCUUAACAGAGGCAAUUGCUCUGGAUUUGAUGUUCGUUCUACUAUUUGCCAGUUUUGAAACAACUUCCCUGGCUCUAACUUUAGCAGUUAAAUUCCUUUCUGAUGACCCUUCAGUGCUAAAAAAAUUAAGGGCAGAGCAUGAUGCAGUUCUAAGAAAUAGGGAAAAUGCAGACUCUGGACUUACAUGGAAAGAAUACAAAUCAAUGACAUACACAUUCCAGUUCAUCAAUGAAACAGUUAGACUAGCAAAUAUAGUGCCAGGUAUCUUCAGAAAAGCACUAAGGGAAAUCCAAUUCAAAGGAUAUACCAUUCCAGGUGGUUGGGCAGUAAUGGUCUGUCCCCCAGCUGUGCACCUGAAUCCAGCAAAAUACCAAGAUCCCCUCACCUUUAAUCCAUCACGAUGGGAGGGAGGAGAAAUAAAUGGAGCCUCAAAGAAUUUCAUGGCAUUCGGUGGCGGCAUGAGAUUUUGUGUUGGAACGGACUUCACUAAAGUGCAGAUGGCAGUGUUUCUACAUUGCCUGGUUACCAAGUACAGGUGGGAACCAAUCAAAGGUGGAAAUAUGCUCAGAACUCCAGGUUUACAGUUUCCGGAUGGCUUUCAUGUACGACUCAUGGAGAAAAACAGAAUGGAGUAACUUUGCAGAAACAAGGCAGAACAAUGGCAACCCAACUUUGCAUCUCACCUGUUGGCAUUGCUUUUAUUUAUUUUUUCUUGAACUGUAGAAGAGGAUAACAGUUUGUUAGUAUAUCUUCAUAUUGUAGAAAAAGUUAGAAAAGAAAGAAUCUAUUUUGUCACUUCUUCAACCAAGAUUAAAUCAUAGUGUCAACAAUGAUCUUAUACAAAUUUUGUAAUCUCAUCUUAUACUUGAUAAAAAAUAAAAAAUGGAAAAAAGUAAUAUGAUAUAACGGGUCUUACUUUCAAGGUUUUUCCAGCUUUUUCUUUCUGAAUAUUAGCUUUGUUCUUAUAAUUUUACAUAAAGUACUCAAUUUCCUCCAUUUUCUCAGAUGAAAGAGGAAAAAGGAAGUUUUCGGCCAUGCCAC